AUGAUCGCCGAUGUGAACCACCCCGGUGGCGCAAGUGGCGACAUGAUGAUAUCCGGUUGCGUGGACAACGAAAAUAAAAAAGCCCUCUGGGAGACAAAAAGAAGUGCUGAUGCAUCUAUUAUCGUAGCCGGCUUUACGAUUCCGGUUCAUGCUGCGGUUGUUGGAGCGGCAAGCCCGUAUGUCGACAAGGGAUUCCGUCAAAGCUACCAAAGCACGGGCCUCUGUGAAUUCUAUAUACAGUUUGGGAACAUCAACACGAUAUGGAAGAUAUUGGAACUUAUCUAUCUGGGCACGUAUUCCAAUGCUCUAUGCCCUUUCGCUGAGCCUUCAGAGUCACUAAACGAGCUGGCACUUCACAGUUCUCUCUAUAUGAUGGCGAAGCGGUGGAAAAUGUCGGAGACCUUUCAGUCCAUUAUCUUUUACAAAUACGAAGCCUUGCUUCGAAGGACUUGGAAGCCCGAACCGUUCCUAGAAUCGGUCAACCAGAUCUUCAGCCCGUUGGUUCCUGACGGCUUCAUGGGCCACAUGAGCCAGACUUUCCAGGUAGACCAGGGGGUGGAUCCUGAAGAAAUUCGGAAAGAUAGGAUCGUAUAUUUGGUGAUGGGAGAACUGGAAAAGCGGCGAAAAAUGUUCCUCGGACCAGCAUCCAACAUUCUGUGUCAGUCACUUGCGUCUUCGCCUACGCUUCUGACAUUGUUCGUGGAGCAAUGGACAGGCAACCAUGCAUAUGAGAAGCCCAAUUCAACGAAUGGUGGUAUGGAUCAAUCUACAAACAAUUCACCCAUUCGGCCUCCCACGAAGUGGCAUCGCUGUCGCGAAAUAUCGAAAUCACUGGCUAGGAUAGCGCAUGACUAA